AUGUGUGGGAUUAAACAAAAAGGGGGAACCAAGAGAUGCCUAGCGGCAGACCCAAAAAGACCCUCUCCCUACUCUCUCACGUUCCGGCUAACCCUUCUUCGCACUCACCAAAUUCCCAAUCAAUGUCAGGUACUUCGCUCUCUCUCUCUCUCUCCCAUUCCUCUUCGAUUCAACCCCAAUCAUUCCAAAUUCCCUAUAAACCCUAGUUUCCGCCAUUUCUCUUCCGAACCCGUUCUCGUUGAUAUUGAUUCCGAUCACACUCUCAUCGUCGAUAUAUUCUCGAAACCUCGAGAUCUCGACGAUGUUAAAAAACAACUCGAUUCGAAUAACGUUUCGAUUAGCCACGAUGCGGUGAAUGCUGUUUUGAGGAAGCUUCAGUCUGAUCCUGAUUCAGCGAGGAGGUUUUUUCGAUGGGUAUCAGAGAAUCAUCCCGAAAAGUUGAGCUCCAGAUCCUAUAACGCCAUGCUGGGGGUUUUGGGAAUUAACGGGGUUGUUGAAGAGUUUUGGGAUUUGGUUGGUGUUAUGAAGAAAAAGGGUUACGGUGUUUCGAAAUGGGUUAAUGAUAGAGUGUUGGAGAGUUUUGAAAAGGCGGGAUUGGAUGGUGAGGUUGUGAAGUUGAAGGGGUUGUUUGAUAAGGAAACUGCUGAGAGGAAAGUUUCUAAUUUGUGUAGGAUUGUGAGGCGGAGUGUGUGGAGUGAUGAUGUUGAGAAGGAAAUCAGUGAUUUGAAUGUUGGGUUUUCUAGUGAGUUGGUUAAGUUGGUUUUGGAGAGUUUAGGUUCGGAGCCGAAUAAGGUUUUGAUAUUUUUCAGGUGGGUGGAAGAGAGUGGGUUGUUUAAGCAUGAUGAAUGUACCUAUAAUGCGAUGGUGAGGGUUCUCGGAAGGGAGGAUACGAUAGAUCGAUUUUGGAAGGUUGUUGCUGAAAUGAGAAGUGCUGGAUUUGAGAUGGAAGUGGAGACUUUUGUUAAGGCUUUGGGAUGGUUUUGUAAGAGGAGAAUGAUUAAGGAUGCUGUUGAGCUUUAUGCGUUUGCUUUAGCUGGUGCUAACAAGCCUACGCCGACGUGCUUUACCUUUCUGUUGAGAAAAGCUAUUUCUUCUAAGGAGUUGGAUAUGGAUUUGUUUUCAAGGGUUUUGAAGGUUUUUACCGGAAAUGGGAGUACUUUGAUAGAUUCCAUUGUUGAUGCCGUACUGAAAUCUUUAACAACUGUUGGUAGGAUUGGGGAGUGGAAUAAGGUUUUGAAAGAAAUGGAAUAUUGUGGGUUUGUUGCUAGUGGUAGUUUGCGGAGCAAAAUUGCAUUUCGACUUGGUGUUAUUGGUAAAAAGGAACAAGCUAAUGAGUUUGUGGAUAGAGUUGAAGCAUAUGGGUCUAGUACAGAUCACAAGAUACAUAAAUCGUUAGUCGAGGGGCAUUGCGUAGGUGGGAACCUUGAUAAGGCAUUUGAUUCUUUCAAAGAAGAGGUUGGAGGGAGCGCAAGAAUGAGGUUGUUGAAGGUAAGGAUUGGUAUCGGCGCCGGCGUGCACAUUGGAGCGUUUGGAUCGUGA